AUGACUCUGGCUUUGCAGGAGCGGCUGGCGGCGGGCGGGCUGAGCGCCGCCUUCAGCGGGCCGCGCAUCGCCUUCUACGUGGGGCUGAAGAGCCCCCACGAAGGCUACGAGGUGCUCAAGUUCGACGACGUGGUGACCAACCUGGGCAACCACUACGACCCGGCCAGCGGCAAGUUCACCUGCCAGGUGCGCGGCAUCUACUUCUUCACCUACCACAUCCUCAUGCGCGGCGGCGACGGCACCAGCAUGUGGGCCGACCUCUGCAAGAACGGCCAGGUGCGGGCCAGUGCCAUCGCCCAGGACGCGGACCAGAACUACGACUACGCCAGCAACAGCGUGGUGCUGCACCUGGACUCCGGCGACGAGGUGUACGUCAAGCUGGACGGAGGCAAAGCGCACGGAGGCAACAACAAUAAGUACAGCACUUUCUCUGGCUUUCUUUUAUACCCCGAUUAA